AUGACACUCCUGGCUUCUGAACGAUCCAUGCUGAUCCGAAGCAAAUUCCGCUCCGGUAAGUAGGAUCUGAGUGGGGCUUUAGGCACCUUGGUGCUAUUAAAUUUUUAAAAUAGACUUUUUGCAGGGUGGUAAUUAUGGCAGGCUAAGACAGGGGGACCUCAUCGCCUACUGUUUCACCUUCCAUUAAAAAUAAAUAAAUCGUUCUCCUCAGAACCCUCCUGAGAUAUCCUGCUGUGUAAAGGAAAGGCUGUGGCUCAUGGAGUAUAUCAUCUGCCUUGCAUGCAGAAGGUCGCAGGUUCAAUUCCCAGCCCCUCCAGGCGCAGCUGUGAGAGAAAACCCUGCCUUGGAACCCUGCGGAGCUCUUGCCAGUCAGAGCUGGCAGUGCUGAGCUAGGUGGACCAAAGUUCUGACUAAGCAGAAGGCACCUUCCUGUCCUCUUAAGAGAACAGCCCACGCUGCAUUUUGUUGCUUGGAGUUAUAAAAAAAAAAAAAAAUCAAGGCAAGACACAUUCUACAAGCAAGGUCAUGUCAGUUCCCAUGCGUGCGUAAAUCAUAGGUGUUCUGUGUAGUUUUACUGCUGCUUCUACGGUUUCUGUUGCAGUUUUCAAGACAGUUUGAAUAUCAUUUUAUGUUUUCCUUAUCCUGUGAGCUGCUUCGGGGGGGGGGGAAUCAACAUAAGAUAUAUACAUAAGAAAAUAAAUGAUGCAGAUGGAUAGAAUUGGUAACAGAUUUGCUUAUUCUGAAUGGUUUUCCCAGCUUCUGCUAGUUGCAGGAAAGGUCAAUAAGCUAAGCAAAGUCUCUGAUCUGCACAGGAGACCUUGCUGGUGGUGAAUUGUGGCCCAAGGGACAGAUUUGUGUCAGCACCAUUUUAUGGAGGGGGGGACACAAAGGAAUCUUGGCCGCUAUGAGUUGGCUCCUAUGACUGAUAGCAUUUAUAUCCCGCCUUUUCUCCUCCUCAUUUAAUCCCCACAACAACCGUGUGAGGUAGGUUAGGCUGACAGAAAGUGGCCCAAGGUUACCCAGGGAGCUUCAUGGCUGAGUGGGGAUACAAAUGCUAGUAUCUCAGGUCCUAGUCCAACACUUUAACCACUGAACUGGCUCACCACACUGCAUUGUGUGAAGCAACAACAUAGGCCCAGUUCCCCCAAAUCUUAACUUGAGCCAGGUUUUGUGGUCAGGUCUUGCUCUAGGAGCAAGUAAAGAGGAAUUGUCUAUAGGCAUGUGCAGAGUGCUUUCCCUUUACCCCUUUGAAACAACAGUUCACCGCUCCACUAGUCAGGGGACUGAAUUAAGGGUGCAGGGUGUCACUUCCCUCCGAAAUAAGCCCUUCAGGGCCCCAUCAGUGGGGAUUUUAAUGGAACACAUCUCAUCCACGUUUCUGCGAGGCUGCAACAAACCCUGAAGUCAAUGUGGUUGAUGAUAUUCUCGACCCCAACGUCACCUCACAGCUGCACAAUGUGGGCCUUAUACCAGAAGUUGCCAGCAUGCCACCUUUGUAUGCCAGUGUCUCUCCUGUGGCACCUGCGAAAGGUCCCAGUAAAUGUUCCCUCAGAAAUUCAUAGCCCAUGAGAGACUGUUUGCUCUUCCUCUUCAGUUAUUGUUUGCACCAGAUACUUAUUUGUGAAUACAUCUUUAGGCUUUGAAUUUUUCAUGUAGAUUUGUGCACCGGCUGAGUGAAGGAAGGGAAGGUCUGGCAUAUUCAAUUUUCAAAAACUGCAUCAGUUUAGACUGAGUGCCUCUAAACAUGCACAGAGUUUAAUUCUGGCAACUCAACAUUGCCUAUCUAUGUAGGCGGAGGUACCUAAGGCAGAACAGAGAGAGGACCAGCCCUGAUUCUGAAUAUUUCUGGAUUACCUUCAAAUCUAAAGGGUUGUGUUUUUGGUUUUUUUAAAGGAAUGCUUUUAAGGUUUCCCCCUGCCCAGCCAAUAAAUGUGUCACUUUACCACUUGCUUGACCAGACUGGGGAAUGGGAAGCACAGUGCAGCACAGAGCAACCCCUCACAAAGCUACAAUUCCCAAUACCCAUAACAAACUACAUUUCCCAGGAUUCUUUGAGGAAAAUCAUUUGCUUUAAAUGUAUGGUGUGUGACAGCCAGAUGAGUCAGUUGUAAGGACCAGGGUCAUGCUCUUCCUCACGACCACUUGUCACGUUUCCAUUCCGUUGGUACCUCACAACCUAACCCUGGCGUCCAGCAGCCAUUUUGUUCAGGCCCAGCCAGUCCAAGUAAUCAGUCAACCUGCCUGUGGCAUCAUAGGCAUUCCUCGGUGGCAACUAUGGUGUUUUUCUGAGUUUCACAUGUUUCUUUCCUAUGACAAACCACCCUUCGUAAUUUCUCCACACAUAUAGCUCCUGCUUGUGCAAUACUUAUGGACAUACGAAAAUCAACAUUGCUUUUAAUUGGUAGGUUUGCUAAAGCUUUUGCAGGGACCAUUUUUAAUCAUGGAGGGCCCACUGAGCAUUCAGGGACACUUGUUUCCUUGUGUAUUAGUGGCUGUGUUGGUUCUGGUGCUAGGGAAUAAUAACAAUAAUGAAAAAUAUGAUCUCUCCUGCCCCUAAAUAAUACUUACUACUACUACUACUACUACUAGCCCCUCACCAGCAGGUCCUAGGGUAGGUUGCAACAAUUUAGAAUUAGAAACAGUUAAAAACAGAGUACAGUCACAGGAAUAAUGUGUGACAACUUUUUUAAAAAUUGUUUUUAUCAAAGAUUUUCUUGAAGUACAGAAGUACACACCAUGCCUCAGUUUUCCGUUCAUAGAAUCUUUUAUGCAGAUAUUCGAUAUUAUAUACAGUAUAAGGUUGGGGAAGAAGGAGAGAGAAGGCUGGGGUAGUAAACUUUCAUUCUUUUACAUAGUAUAUGUGCAGUGGCAGCUUUUGUUUCUUAACUUGUAAAUUAUCCUGCUUCCUCCGGUUUCUCAAAAAGGCUCCUACAGUGAAGCACUGAUGCAAAAAUGUGUUUUACAUUCAAUCAGUGUAUUGAUUACAGGCAACAACCAUUUUAUGUGCAUUCAAUAUGUGUGUGACUGCAACGCAAACAUCACACUGAACCUGGAAGUGACUAGAAAAGGGGGGAAACUGGCCCUAAAACAACCCCCAGGAUGCUUUAAGUACAGUAUGUGGAGUGUACACAGGUUCUCAUAUUGAGGGCCUGGAACUGGCUACAAUUCCCCAAAGUGGUGAAACACUCAACGCCCCUAUGUCCUGCCCCUCAUGUUGAGUAUUUGCAUACCCUCCAACAUUUCCUCAAAGAAAAAAGAAAAUAGGGACAUCCUAUUCCAUAAUAUUGAUAAUAAUAACAAUACUCUGGGCGGCAACAUGUAUAAAAACCAUAAUAAAAGUCUAUAGGGCUGCCUUCAGGUGUCUUCUAAAAGUUGUAUCAUCUCCUUGGCUCUGAGGUCACAUAACUCCAUACCCUCCAACAUUUCUCCGAUGAAAAUAGGAACAUCCUAAGGAAAAGUGGUACCCGCAAUCAAAUCAAAAACUGGGACGGCUUCUGUAAAUUUGGGGUGUCCCUGGAAAAUAGGGGCACUUGGAGGGUCUGCAGUUUGGUGGUGGGUUCCCCGCAAGCAGUCCUUGCAGCCAGCCUCUGGCCUGGGAGUUUGGAGCAUCUUGUGUUUCCAGCCUUUUAAAUAAAUAGCGAGUGGCGUCACCCCAGCUGCUGCUGACAACGGGACAAAUGCCCAGGCAGGAGAGAAGUGAGCACAGGAAUAGAAACGCUUGCAGCAGUCCCACCCUCCAAAGGUAUGACGUGCCUACUGUUUGACGGCAAAGCAAGGGGAGGGCUCACCCGCUCAGCCAUAUCCCUUUGGUGUUCUUCCUUGGACAAGGUUAUCCUUCCCAGCGAUGUCCCCAGUGCAGCAACAUUUGAAUUUCUGUGGGCUUAUAUACCGUAUUUUUUGCUCUAUAAGACGCACUUUUUCCCUCCUAAAAAGUAAGGGGAAAUGUGUGUGCGUCUUAUGGAGCGAGUGCAGGCUGCGCAGCUAUCCCAGAAGCCGGAACAGCAAGAGGGAUUGCUGCUUUCACUGCGCAGUGAUCCCACCUGCUGUUCUUGCUUCUGAGAUUCAGAAUAUUUUUUUUCUUGUUUUCCUCCUCCAAAAACUAGGUGCGUCUUGUGGUCUGGUGCAUCUUAUAGAGCGAAGAAUACGGUACAUGGCUUUUGUUUGUUUGUUUUUAAAGGGCCCUGAAAACUGCUUCUGUUCCAAGGUUGGGGGUGGCAAGACUAAUUUAAGUUUCCGGUGCAUUUGGACUUAUUUUAUAGUUGUGCCUCUGUGCUGGUGACCCCGACAAUCCCCAUACAGAGCUACAAUUAUCAGACUGGUUUAACAGUCAAUCCCUCUUCAAAUGGAGUUUUGGGAACUGUAGAUCUGUGAGGGGAAUAGGGGCCUCCCAAUAACUUAUCAGCACCCAUAACAAACUACAGCUCCCAGAAUUCUGGGGGGGGGGGGGUGAUACCAUGAUUGUUUAAGGUGAUAUGAUAUGUGUGGUGUGACUGUAGUCCAGGUCUGGCUUACUUGAUUCACUUUCCAUUUCAAAUUGCCACGGCUCCCUUCCCAGUGAACAGUGGGAGCUGCAGUUUUCUAAGUAUGCUGAAAUUUCUGUCCCAACUUCCUGGCCUCUUUAAAGAUUCUGGGUGGAGAAAGGGGCAGAAUUACUACCAGUUAAAUUAAUUGACAUUUGAUGCAUAGGUCAUAGCACUAAAACAGGGGUGGGGAAGCUCGGGUCUAGGGGCCAAAUGUGGCCCUCUGGGCCUCUCACCUGGCCCUCAGGGCUGUCUCCAGGCCACACACCCUUCCCCCAGGCCACACCCCUCACUGCCUUCACUUUGCACCCUUCUCAAAUGUUUUCCCCUGGUUGGAAUGUGUCCUUGAACAAUGCCUCUUGCUUGGCUGUAUGGAGAUAGGUAUAUGAGUGCGUGCUGAAACCAGCCUACUGUACACAGGCAAAAUUUGCAUUUCUUUCUCCACCUACUUUUGCCCCUGGUCCUGCCCAUCACUUUGCAUGUGGCCCCUGGAAGGUUGCCCAAAAGCAAAUGUGACCGUUGGACUGAAGAAUAUUCCCUACACCUGCUUUAAAGUGUGUCAAGAAGCCUCCCAGCUCUACCUGGUUCCCUGUGAUGUGGGGGACACUUACAGAGAACUCUCAACGUCCGUGCAAAAAUUAUAAUUCCCAGGUUCCCCACCCCCACCCUCUGUCUGUGCAGGGUAAGUGAGAGAGCAUGCCAAUUAGAACAGUUUGUCGUAUGAUUAUGCCUUCCAUGUUUCCUUGGUGCAUGUUUUUUGAGUAACUUCUUUGUAAUUAUUAUUAUUAUUAUUGCCCUCAUCAAACAUUUAGAUUCCAAACGAUGCCUGGAAAAAUAUUUUUGCCUAUACCUUGUCAAACUGCCAUGGUUAAGGAUUUGCCCCAUCGCUCAUUCAAUUGCCCUUUGUAAAUGGACACUAGAUAACAAAUGAAGAACUCAAAUACUGGAAAACAUUAACUCUGUUAUGCUAAGGGGCACAUAUCCACUGUUGGGAGUAAAAGAGGCAGAGUAAACCAAGGAGGUUGCAGAUUUGCUCUUGUCCUUGUCCAAAUCAGAGCCUCCUAAGUUAAUUCUAUCUGGCUCUUCCUCGUUCGUUCCUCCUCCAUGAAUGUACAGAAUCGCCUCACCAUUCCGUUCCAUCUUGAGCAUGUUGUUUCCACUGGGAACCAAACGGGUUCGUCAUUGGAUCACCUCAUCACAUUUUAUUUCUGCCAAGGGGAUGCACUUGAUCCCUGGGAAUCUAUUCUGUACGGUGGGAAAGUCCACCUGUUGUCUUGCUUGGCAGACCAAAUAGCUGGCCCUUCUACACUUGAUAUCAUAGAUGGCCUCGUAUUGCAGCUCUUUUACACCAAUCCCCUGUCACGUCUCUCCCGUGGCAUAUGGGAACAAAGAAACAUUAUGUGCAUAUAUCAUUCCACAGCUCUUUAUGUACGAGUUAACGUUGUCAUACUACAUCAGCUAAUGUUGUCAACCAACCAUAGAUAUAACAGACUUCUACACCACACUAUAUGGCAUAGAUCCACAGGAGGUUUCAGUGCUGAGUUGUAAAUUUCUCCUUUAGCUUUCAUUUUGCCAUUCAUUGACAAGUAAUUAUGAAUUUAUUCCGUUAAGGCAGACCUUUCUUCUGAUGCUUGGAUUUGCCUCCAAAAGGGCUGGAUUUAGUCGUUUGUUGGUCAAACAAGAUGUAAUUCCCAGUUUUUCAAUUUUUUCAUUGUUUGUUUAAAUAGAGGCUUCUGGGCAAUACUUAAUUUGCAUCCAUUUCAUUUUUAUAUAUUCAUUUCCAGGCCAGUAUGUGAUUCUCUCCCCCCCCCCCGUUUAAUUUCCCCUUCCAAUUCCACAGUAUAAUUACCCAGUAUCAUACAGCAGUCAGUAAAAGCUUGAUGCAUUUUGUUCUCAGUUUGUUUUAUUGAAAAGCAAUUCCAGAGAACAUUGUGUUGCCUUACCUUGCCUCACGCCUUUGCAAACCUGGAUGCAUCCUGGGUUGUUGAAUAGGGUGAUUUCUCCAAUCCAGUUUCCCUCAAUUUCUUCAAGUCAACAGAGAUCUUGCCUACUCCAUUCAAAUCUCAUUCAAUGCACUGUGGACAGUCUUGAGUUCCCCAGAAUCAAAUGUUGUGCCGCCUCCCUGCCUUCCUGCAGACCCCUCCUCAAAAAGUACCUGUCCAUAGACCUUUAACUUUUCUCCUUAGUCCCAACUGCAGCACCCACAUUUUUUCAUCCCUGCCCUCAUAUCUCCCAUUGUAAGUUUCUUGGGGCCAGCGAUCUGUCUGUUUUUACCUGUGUAACAUCAUGUGUACUGUGAUGCAGUAUACAUAAAUACUGACUGUGCUAGUACCAGGAUUUGGGGGGCUCUGGGCAUGGCGCCCUCACUGGUGGCCCCUAAUCUGGAAGAGGUGGGAGAUAAGAAAAUUCUCUGGCUGCAUCUGAUCUUAUUGGAUAUUCUCUGGAAAUUGUAACAGUGUUAGGGCGUUGAGCCUUCUGCUGCUCUUUAGGCCCCAGCAAAUGCCCAGCAUUGCCACUCUCUGGAGCAAGCUCUGAAUAAGUAACAGUUGUCAAAGAUAAAGCAAAGUAGCACCCAAUAUUUCAGCUGGUUGCUGGACUGAACAUUUGAGACUCCAGAGCAUCUUGAUCCUUGCUGGUUUGCAAGUUUGAAAUCAGAUUAAAGCCACAAAAGACCUUAAUUCUAUGGUGUAAUCUGUUUUAGUUAUUUCUGCCUAACAUGUAUUCCCUAGCUUGCUUUUAUUUGUCACUUUAAAAUCUCAAACCACAACGAGUGCAAACUCCUUUCCCUUCACUUCAGGAGUGGAUAAUUGCACGCGUCCUUUGUGCACACUCAACCCGCCCCCCACCUUCAUUUGUUUCCCAAGGGCUCCCUCCUGCCCUUGUAAUGGUUGUGCUGUGCAUUUUCACUUUUCUGCACUGCCCCUUGGGAGCUAUAGUUCUCAGCAUCAGCUGUGGAGGAGAGCUGCUGGUAAUCACAAUAAGUAGUUAAAGGUUUAACUGAGAGGAAGUAGGCUGACAGCAAAGAAAUGUUGUGCAUACGUCUACAAAGCUGCAGGCUUUAGUUAGUGGUGGCAGUAGUAGUAGUAGCUAUUUACUUUAAUUUGUAGGCUGCCCUUCCACACGGGCUUGCCAAAGCAGCUCACAACCAGAUGAGAGCAGGGGGUGCGUAUCAAAGCACAACCACAGCGAAUCAUUCAUUUCUAAAGAUAAUACAGUGGACGCUCAGGUUGUGAACGUGAUCUAUGCGGGAGGCAUGUUCGCAACCCGCAGCGUUCGCAACCCGCAGCGCCGUGUCUGUGCAUGCACGGGUUGCGAUUCGGAGCUUCUGCGCAUGCACAAAGAGCAAUUUAGCGCUUCCGCACAUGUGUGACCGCCGAAACCCAGAAGUAACCCAUUCCAGUACUUCCGGGUUUCGGCGCGUCUGUAACCCGAAAAAACGCAACCUGAAGCGUCUGUAACCCGAGGUAUGACUGUACAGCGAUUGCAGCAACAGUUUGUUUGAAUACUGAUCUUGGGAUUUACAAACCCCUGAAGAAUCUAACUGCGCAUUCUGAGCCAGAGAAGAACUUUUGGGGGAAACAGUGCUAGAUUCAUAAUGCAGCUGAGUAGUAGGAGCUGGGCAAAUAGGCCUGUUCACAUUUGCACCAUACAUUUAAAGCGCUGUGAUCCUACUUUAAACAGCCAUGGAUCUCCCCCCUCCCCAACAAAUUCUGAGUGCUGUAGUUUGUUAAGAGUAGUGAGAGUUGUUAGCUCUGGGCGGUGAAUAGGAAUCUCCUAACAACUCUCAGCCCAAGUGAUUACAAAAUUUGUCAACAUCAGUAAUCUGGAGUUAUAUACGGUAUCAAUUAUUGGCUUCAUUUUAGGGUGGGUAGCACCAAAUGAUUUAAGAGUUAGCUGAGACGAAUAAAGUAAUUACCAUUAUUCAUAUAUUGUUACCUCUUUUACAGUUCUGCAGCUGCGCAUGGAACACCGGCGGUCCCAAGAGCAGCUCUCCAAACGCCACUUACUCCCAGGUGAGCCCCUCCCUCGCACCCCUUUGCAAAAAGUGAAGGGAGUCACAUUGCAAAGGGUAUUUCUGCAUGGAUGAAGGAGUGGGUGGGUGCUAAGGAAAGAAGAGCGGGUCUUCUAACCUUGAGAGAAGGUUGCCACUUUUCUUUUCUUUUCUGUUUCUUUAUGGACUAGCAACAACAGAGUGGCAGGCCAAAAUCAACAGGGAGGGCAGUUUCUUCUAGAGUUUGCUAACAUGCUCCCCUUUAUCAUCCCUCCAGCACUCAACAAACCCCUUGCAAGUUUCUCGCAGCCCAAUGGGACCCAGGGCCAGAACAGGGUGAGUACCAGCUGGGCUCAAGGCUUUGAAUAAUGCGCUACGAUUGUCUGAUGGUACUCUGUGACGGUCCACUGCUCACUGACUCUAUUAAGCACCCAUAUGGACCUGAAAAUGUUUGUUCAGGGUUCCUUCAGAUGGCAAAUGAAUGAUGAUCUGCUGAGAAGCUCAUUAAUUGUCAGUGAGUCCCAAAAAACCCUAAAGGAUUAUCUUGAACUCAAUAUGAAUCAAGGAACGGAAAUAAGGGUGAUUUGGGAAGCCAGCGAAGCGGUAAUGAGCGGGUUUCUGAGACAACAAAAUGCAAUUAGGAGAAAGUCACAGAAUGAGACAAAAGAUAAAAUUAUGGAACAACUGAAAGAUAAAGAGAAGAAGCUUAGAGGAAACCCAAAGAAUUUGCAGAUCCAAAAAGAAAUUAAAGCCCUACAGGUUCAAUAUUCACAGUUAGUAAAUCAAGAAAUUGAAUGGAAGAUAAGAAGGAUGAGACAAAGAAAUUUUGAAUCUGCAAAUAAAUGUGGGAAAUUAUUAGCCUGGCAACUAAAGAAGAGACAAAAACAAAGUACGAUUACAAACAUUGUUACAGAAGGAAAAUCUGUAGAGAACCCUACAGACACUGACUCUAUUAAGCAUCCAUCUCCCAGCGAGGAGCGACUUCUUUUUGCAGGAAGCAAGAGGCCACUGCUCUGGGUGCACCUGAGUGUCGUGUGCAAGCAGGAACGUGGUCCAGACCAAACUUUCAAAUGCAAAAAAACAAACAAAAAACCAAAACCCACCACCAUUUAUUGUAAAAUAAAAAGACAUAAAAAUAUAUUAAUCACAGUGUGGUAUAUGACUAAUUUAUGCACGGCAGCAGAGGCAUAUGUAAAUUGGCAGGUGCUUUUUAAUUUUAUUUAUUUAUUUACUGCAUUUAUAUCCCACCACUGGAAGAAGAGAGCCACUGCUAGUGGUUGUUUUGCUCAGGCCUGGAGGCAGCCCAGCCCAAAAAUAGAGAGGUGUGUGUGAGAGAGAGAGCAGAAGCAAUGGAAGGCAAGCAUUUUGGACUUUAAUGUUUUAAAAAUGGCAUUUUGUAGGGUGUGUGUGUGCAGAUUUUUGUUAUUUUAGUCCCGCAAGCUGCAGCUACCAAAAUUCCCUCUUCUAUGCAUUAGCCAUGGGCGUGCAUAGCUGAAAAAUUAAACGUGGAUUCCAUGUUGCGGGGUUGCAAUUCAAGUAGGGUCUUCCUGGGUAUGAAAAAAGUUGGAAGGCAUAACUCUGACUGGCGGUGGUUCUCCAGAGCCUAAGUGAGCAAAAGAUGCCUCCUAGCUCUUCUACCUGAGCGCCUGGCUAAGGAUGCUAAAAAUUCCUCUGCUUCUUUCUCCUCAGGCCAAUGAGAUUGCCAAGCUGAAAGUCUCACCCCGGCCCCACAAGACCAGCACUGCUAAGGGCCAGCUGUCAGAAGGUAAGGGGCAACUUCUGCCUAGGAAGCAUUUGGUUUGGCUUAUAUUUUAAUGUGAGCCUGCCUAAUUCAUCCAAAUGCAGCUAUUGUUUGAAAUUCAUACAUGCAUACAUACAUACACACAUCAUUUCAUUUGUAUGCCACCUUCCCACAAAUCAAACCAUGCUCACAACAUGAAAAAACACAUAAUUACAACAAAAAUAGUCAUAAACAAUAAGUAAGACAUCAAAAAAUAGACAAAUACACAAAACAAUUUCCACAUAAAUUAUAAUCAGGUCUAAAAUAAAGAUACAAAAAAUUAAUAUAAAUAACAGCAAGAACAACCCCUAAGUAAUACUGCAGCUCAAGAAUCUGUUCUGCAGCCUCAACUUUCGUAGCUGGAGUCUGUCCUGGCCUUGCCCUCCCAGGCUUGGUGGGAAAGGGCAAGGGCAAGGGCAAGGGCAAGAAGCAGGGCAAGAAGCAGGCCUUCCAGGACUUACAGCGCUUCUCUGAAUUUUGCGGUGCAGAUCGCAAACCAAAAGGAGCAGAUAAAAUGAAUGUCAUUAGGAGGAAAGUGUGUGCAAAAACACACAAAUUAGCAAAAAGAAUGUACAGAAAUUACAUUAGGGGAAAUUGUUUGCAAAAUAUUAGGCAAAGUAGCAUUUUAAAAUGCACACAUUAGGAGAAAUAUGCAUAUUAUUUUUCCGCGGACUUCUUUUAAAAAUAAAUAAAUCACAAAUUGAUGUGGAAAUAAGGCAAAUGGACCUUGGAUUUCCGACUGGAUUUCCAGGUCACCCCAGGGGAUGACUACAUCCCUCAAACAUUGUUUGCAGAGUUUGCCCCAGGAAUAUCUGGCUGGCUCCUGUUGGGAGGUAUGAUUCUGGACUGCAGGGUCCUCUUGCCUGAUCCCACAAGCCUGCUCUUCUGAUAGUUGCUCUUCUCACUGCAGUGUCUCCGGGGGACCCUUCUGAGCUGCAGGACAAGAAGGCUCGCCUGGCCGAAGACCUGAGUGAGAAGAUCCUACACCGCCCUGGACCACUUGAGCUGGUGAAGAAAAACAUCCUCUCCCUGGAUCCAGGUAUCAAGGAUGCUAUGGCAGGUAAGGACUUGACUUGGCAUUCUCCUUACUGGGGAAUCCUCCUGUCUCAUGGAGUGGAAACGGGGAAUCCUGCCUGGGAGAGAGGAGGGAUCCAGUGGCUGUUUAUGGAGGGGCAGGUCCUAAUAGAAAGCUCUUGGACUCUGGCGCAAUCCCAGCAGGAGGGAUUGUAACAGGAUAGAGCAAAUUCCAGUGAGGGCUAGGGAGCUGAAUAUGGAAAAGUGGGUUUGAAUCCUGCUUCUGUCCCAGGCUUGGCACACAGCCUUUCGCCUUGUUCUCAUCUGCAAAAUGGGAAUACUGACAGCGUGAGGUUGUUAUGAGAAGAAACAUGGUGGAAAUUGGGGGAGCUUUUUGCAAAAGGUUUGCAAAAGGGCUGCCUAAUUGGGACUUCUCGGCUCCUUGGAUGGAAUGUGUGCAGAGUAGGGUUCCAAUUGCUGCUCUGUUAACACCCAUCAAAUCACCCUCCUUCCCUCCUCAGGCAAUGCAUCAGCUAAACAUGUGUGGCUGGGGGCGAGGGCCAGGCUGCAAGGAUAAGCAAACAAGCUCUACCCAGUCACAGUUCUCAAUUGCCUUCCAGCUCACGGAUGGUGAGCUUCCGCACCAAGGAGCCUUUUGUAUACACAGGGACUCACCUUCUAGAACUCUUGAUUUUCCAGGGUUCUAAAAUGUAAGGGGAGACUCUGUUAACAGGCUCCCUGCUGCAGAUAGCCACCUUCCACAAGUUUGAAGGUGACAAAGACAAUGGUGUGUUUGUGUGUGUUUGCUUGUCCACCUGCCCCGCCCUCGUCCUCCGGGCACAUGUUUAGGAUUAGGGCCAGAACUAGGUAUCCUUGCACUUGGGCAAAUGACAUGGAAUAGGCCCCUAAGUCAUCCCUGGAUUUCACGAUGUGAAAAACUAACAACGGUGUGAAAAUUAUGUGAGAAACAACAACAGUUGUUUCUUCUACCCUGCUAUACUAAUGCUGCCCCUCCUUUCUCUCACUCAAAACGUCUGCAGAUGCAACUCUUGCUGCUCCUGAUUCCUUCACCUUUGAGGAAGAUCUCAGUAGUUCUUCUUCUUCCUCCUCCUCCUCUUCCCCCUGCUUUGCACUAUCUCCUGGAAGUGCCCAUGGGAACCCUUCCACCGCAACGGCGGCCUUUCAGGUAAGCAACUGCGUAGAACUCACCUGUACAUGCUGAAGAGACAUAAGAUGAAAGGGGAACAGGGGAUAAGAACAGGGCGCUUGGUGAAUACUCCUGGAAAUGUAAUAUUUUGUAAGUGUCCAGCUUUCCCUCUCAGUAUUAAAUAUCUGAUUCUCGUGUCUGAGAAUUGCUUAAGUGAGCACUGCAUCUUUGAAAGGGAGGAGGAAGGGGGGAGGACCAGAAUAAGUUGACUCCAGCCCCAUCUGCACUAUACUUUUAAAGCAAUAUCAUGCUACUGCAAAGAGUCACGGCUUCCCCCCAAAAAUUCUGGGAACUGUAGUUGGUUAAGUGUGCUGAGAGCUGUUAGAAAUCCCAAUUCCCUCAUGGAGCUGCGAUUCCUGGAUUUCCCCGGGAAUAGCAUCUGUGAAGGAAUAGGGCGCCUCCACAUAGCACCCUUGGCAGACUGCAUUUCCCGUUAUUAUUUGGGGGAAGCCAUGACUGUUAAAGUGGCAAGGUACUGCUUUAAAUGUGCAGGGCAAAUGGGGCCAUUAGUUGUUCAUCACCACCUCGUCAGCUCCAAUAGUUACUAGCCACCACUGCCUCUCACCCUUUUGGGAGUUUCAUGUGAAGUGAGGUGGUAGCAUGGCUUGUACAACAGAUUGGCCAGAAAUGGCUCCUGAGGUGUUAGGUUUGCCUCCUUAUUGAGCGGUCUCCACACUUUUGUUAAGAACACCCCUUGAUACCCACACCUCCCGUGGCCUAUGGCCCAGGUCCACACAGAAAUACAUUGGACAAACUGGGUUGUCAAAAAGGCCUAGUGAAUUCACAAAAGAAGUGGAGUAAUCUUGAAGUCCAAGUUUCAUUCAUGAAUUUACGUCCAAGUACAGUCAUACCAGGGAUGCGGGUGGCGCUGUGGGUUAAACCACAGAGCCUAGGACUUGCCGAUCAGAAGGUGGAGGUUCGAAUCCCCGUAACGGGGUGAGCUCCUGUUUCUCGGCCCCUGCGCCUGCCCACCUAGCACGUCAAAGCACGUCAAAAGUGCAAGUAGAUAAAUAGGUACCACUCCGGCGGGAAGGUAAAUGGCGUUUCCGUGCGCUGCUCUGGUUCGCCAGAAGCGGCUUAGUCAUGCUGGCCACAUGACCCGGAAGCUGUACGCCGGCUCCCUCGGCCAAUAAAGCGAGAUGAGCGCCGCAACCCCAGAGUCGGCCACGACUGGACCUAAUGGUCAGGGGUCCCUUUACCUUUUACCUUUACAGUCAUACCUCGUGUUACAUUUGCUUCACGUUGCGACUUUUCAGGUUACAAAUGCGGCAAACCCGGAAGUGUUUACUUCCAGGUUCGCCGUGCUUCUCUAUCACGCUUCGUGCACAUGCAAUAGUGGCGCUCUAUUUACAGACUUUUUGGGGUGCGAACAGCACCCCAAAACAGAUCGCGUUUGUAAGUAGAGGUACCACUGUACAUACACUCUGAAAUAUGAAGGGUUGUAAAUAUUGGAAAAGCAAAGUUGUAAAAUCAACCAAUCAAUCUAAAUAAUUUAUAAUAUCUCUCUUUCCAAGUAAGUAAAAUAAAUAUAUAGUGGUAUCUCGGUUUACGAACUUAAUCCGUUCCGGAAGUCUGUUCUUAAACCAAAACUGAAACCGAGGUGCGCUUUCCCUAAUGAGGCCUCCCACCGCUGGUGCCCUUCCACCGUUCGGAUUCCAUUCUUAGACCGAGGUAAAGUUCGCAAACCAAGACACUAUUUCCGGUUUUGCGGAGUUUGUAAACCAAAUCGUUCUUAAACUGAGGUACCACUGUAUAUGAUGUGGUUGUGCUGCCCUCUACAGGACAUGUUUGAAUAUUGCAGGGCGUAAGAAUCACAAUGAUGAGUGAAUUGUGAGGGGUUGGCCUCUUUUCCCCUUUUGCAGGACACAAUAAUACCCCCCCCUCAAAAUUAUACACAGCAGAAUUAAUUAGAAGUUAACAUAACUAGGCCUGCUGCCCGUCUGCUGCUCUUGUGUGUGUGUGGGGGGGGGGUAGUUUCAGGUUAGAGUUGCCACUUUCAGUACCUCAAUUACCACUCCAACAAACCCUUACAUGUGCGACCCACCGAGGCCUAAAGUGGCAGGGAUGGAAGGACAGAAUCCUGCACCCCAAGAGUCAUUUCUGAUUCGCUUAGAAGCCAAAACCUUUGACACCACCAUUGGCUUCCCCCAGCUUCACACAGGACACACACACUCCAAAAUUAUUCCUGGUUCUAGAGAGGGCUGGGGGCACUGAGGAGGUCAGAAGCCUUUGGAGGCAGAGAGAGAGAGAGAAAGAUUGUUCCAGGGCAGCAAUUCUGGGAAUAAUGACUCUGACCUUUGGUUGUAACGUGACUGUUAGUACUCCCAGUAUUAACAAAUAAUGCUGCCUGUCUUUUCUGAAGAGGUUAUUCUGAGGUGCUAUUUGGGCACUCAGCCCCUCCAUCCUCCACACUGCCCAAAUCUUGAAGCCAGCACUGCCUGUGUGCUGUGCUCUCCCCCGGCCUCCACACCGCCCCAAGAUUGCAUUCAGCACAAGACGAGCUUAUUGGGUCAGGCCACAGGCCCAUCUAGUCCAGCACCCUGUCCUCAACUGCUGUUAGAUUUCGUACGUCUUUGUGCACAUGCCAAAGAAUUCCCAUUCUAGGCUUCUGGACAGACUGUAGGGUUUUAAGGCUGGACGUGGUGGGCAGGUGCCGUAUAGCAAACCAGCCCCCGUCGACUCCCCAGCUCCUUACCACCUCCUUCAAAGCCCUGUCCCACUUUCUUUUUUUAAUCAUUUUUAUUGAUUUUCCAAUAAAAAACAUCCAAUUAAUAUUUCCAAUCAUAAUACUCCAAUUAAAAUAAAAACACCAAAUUAUAAUUAUUAAUUUUUCGGAGCUCCCCACAAUUUGGAUCUCUGAAGCAUAUCUCCACAUCUCAGUCCUGCCUCUCCUCAUUGUUUCCAUAUUUUCCACAUCUCGAUUUUGAUGCUUUAUAGCCCUGUCCCACUUUCUGCCCAGAAGCAUUGCCUCUCGCUGUUCCCACUGCUGCAGGUCUUCUCCUUCUCAGCUGAAAUUAUACACAAGAGGGAAAACUGGGGCAUGCCAGCUGAUGGGAAAGCUGAAAGCUUAACUCUCAGAAGAGAAGGAGGCUUGGCUUUAUAGGAAAGGAAAGUUUGGGGGCUGCCAGUUUAGAGAAGGAGUUGGGAGCUAGGAGGGUACUUGGGCUCCAUUUUCUCCCUCUUCUCCCUGCAGCUGGACCUCCCUCCGAUCCUGGAUCAACAGCUGCCUCCUGUGUCCUCAUCCACCUCUGAGGCUGAGUUCCCUCCCCAAGGGGGGAGCCCCCUUGCCAAGCCCUCCGUUUCACUCCUCAAGGUAGAGACAAUCAAGAGCAGGAACGGGGGCGGGGGGGGGGGGAGGUUGGGGAGGAAGCAGAAGUCCACUGCUCUGUCUUUUAUCAGAGAAAAGGAUGAAUUGGUGCAGGAUGAAUUGCAGGCCGAAUCCAGAUAGCUGCCUAUUUUGAACAGAGCUGUUGGGGAACUUCUUCUCCUCACCCCGCCGAUUUUCACAUAGGAAAAAGUGAGCAAAGGUUUCUGGGAGAGCGCAAGGCUUACUGGUGGCGACGGCAGCGACUACAUCCCACAGCUACCCUCAGGGGAAAACAUGUCCGCUGCUGUCUUCAUUGCCAUUCAGGUGCCCAGCUAAGUCUGCCUUAUUGCUUUUCACAGACUGAAAUGGUUUUAUUGGCAUUUGCGCUGCUGCCAUACAAAACCUGUUCUGAGGGUUCUUGAAUAUUUCUGCCUUUUAUACAUCCCUACUUUAGUUGGGAGGCUAAUAAAGAAGUGAAUCUAUAUAACCCAAUGCAAAAAAACAAACAAACAGGUGGCUGGUUUUCACCCCCUACCUUUGCUCCUGCAUAAGGACAGAGUCAGAUGUUUGUGGCUGUUCAGUUGAAGGCUGGUUCUUGGCCUCUUCCUCUGCUGCUAACCCGUGUGUUGAAGGCCCAAGAACGGUGUGGGGGGAACCCAAGGUAGCAGCAUUACCUAGCUCUAGAGAGCCCCCCUGCUUUAACCACUAUGCACCACUGUCUUUUGAGAGUCCCGUUCCUGCUCUCUUUCACACACUUUGAUGCCUCCCACAGGCCCCAUCCAAGGUCCCUGAGGCCAGGAAGCCCCCGCGCCCCAAGAAGGCCAAGGAACCGCGCCCCAAAGUGAAGAAGCUCAAGUACCACCAGUACAUGCCGCCCGACCAGAAGGGGGAGCAGGCGCCGGUGCCCAUGGAUGCAGCCUACGCCCGCGUCCUCCAGCAGCAGCAGGUCUUCUUGCAGCUCCAGAUCAUGAGCCAGCAGCAGCCCACGCCAACGUCGCCAGCCACCUUCUGUGUCCGAGCCGUGCACGCUGUCCCAGCCAGGUAAGGUGUUUUGCUUCCGGGAAUGCUCUCCUGAGACAAAAGCACACUAGCGAGGCUGGAGAGAAGAUUGGGAUGGGGAAACCCAGCAUCAACACCUCUCUUUUCUCCCUUUGCCCAGCAGUGCUCCAGAGCAGGUCCUGAGCUUCGCUGGGACGCCUGCGCCACCAAGUGGGCCUCACCCGCUCCCUCUCCCCUCUCCAGCCACGCCAACCUCCCCUUCGCCGCCCAAACCGGAACUGCUGCCUGCCAACUUGGAGGAGCUAACGGUGAGUUGGGGCUGGAGGACUCCCAGCCAUCAUACAUCGGAUUCCGCGUGGGCGGAAUUCCGCUCUCGGAGAUGGUUUCUGCAAAUCAAGUCCGGUUGCAAAUAACCGCUUCAGCAGUUCUGUUGCUUCCAAAGAACCUGGUUAGAUGGGAAGAUCUAGAGGAGGGGCACAUAAUCGUCAGCACAAGGGGGCAACUUUCUGAGGGCCACAUGGGCAAGGUGGGCGGGGCCAGGGACAAAAGGUGGGUGGGCAGAGGCAGCAAGCAGGCAGAGCAAUGGAUGUUGCUCCUUUCUUCAGCAGGCUACACACAAAAGCCAGAGGUCUCUUCACAUAAUCUCACCCCCGACCCCCCUCCAUCCAGGUGAGCGAGAGGCACUAUCAGAGUGCAAGGACACAGUCCAGCCAGGCACAAGCUCUUGUUGGGAAGGGGCAGAGCAGGGCCAAAGGGACUGGCCUAGAGGGAACUGCCAUGGGCCAAAGGGAGAAGACAGGAGGGCUUUAUUUGCACCCGCGCCUGAGGCUCUCCACCUAGAAGGAGGACAGGCCUCCUCCUUUCCCAUGAACCACCUGCCCAUGAGUUAAGAUCCGCAUCCAAAACCCUGUCUCUGAUUGCCCUCUGCCAUCCGAGAUAACAACAACAACAACUUUGUUAUUCAUACCCUGCCUACUCUGGGCGUCUUCCAAAACAUAUAAAAACAUAAUAAAAUGCCAGACAUUAAAAACUCCUCACCCGAAGUGGUGAGGAGGGGGCAAGGGCUUUUUCAGUACUGGUGCCCCGAUUAUGGACUGGUCCCUGCACUAGUGAUUAGAAUAAAGCACCAGACCAAGACUUUAUUUUUCUUUUUAACCCUAAGCUGCCUUUGAUUUUAGAGCUGUAGUUUCAAUGGUAUUUUCCCACGGCUUACUGCCGAUUCUGUUUUAUUUGGUGGUGGUUGCUUUAUUUAUUUUUUGUUAGGAAGCCACUUUAGACUUUAGGACUUUAAAAAACAAAAGCAAGCAAAAGCCAAGAAAUAAAAUGGUAGCGGGGGAAAGAUAUGUAGAAAGAAAGAAAGAUGGACACCUGGAGUUAUGAAAUGAAGGCAGGGAACUCUGGGGAAGCUUCCAUCCUUGAAUUAUACCCGUUGGUAAUUCCUGAUCUUCUAAGAUGAGACUGCAGAGUAUGUGCAACUUCACCUGCCCGUCAUAACCACCCCUUGAAGGCUGCUGACCAGCCAUUCCUUUCAUCUGGCAGAUUCUUGGUGAGUGGCCCAGGAACUAUCCAAGCUUGGAAGGGGAGACACAUUCUCUCCCAAAUAUUGGCGUCUGGUGCCACAGUCAGAGAGGCCAGGAGCAGGUGGAGCUAGAGCCAAGGACAGGCAGAGAUAACUAAGUUGUGCCCCCCCCAUCCUCCUGCUCCUCUUUGCUGAGUUCUGCAGGCUAAGGUCAGUGGGGCAGUGCCCCGUUUUCCCUAAAGGGCUGGACUUCCCUGCUUCCAAACAAAAGGAAAACAGAAUGGGGCAGAAAAAGAGAAGAGAGAUCUAAGUUAACUGAGGGCUUGAAGCAUCUCUAGCUUUUAUUUGGGUGCUUCUCUCCGGGGAUCUAAUGUGGUGGGACUUGUAGAUCUGCCACCCGGCAAAAGUGUGCAUGCUGCACAUGCCUUCACUUAUCCCCCUACUUGAUAAACACAUGUUAAUAUUAAUAUUAUCUAGAGCAAGCGGAGCCUGGGUAGUGUGCUGUCAUGGAUCUUUUUAUUGCUCAGGGAAGGGAACAUGCAACAAUAAAACGAUACCACACACACACACACACACACACACUGUGUGCAUUUUAGGGGUGGGCAGUAGGCUGUGUGAUUUGCAAUAGAUCGGCAAGGUUUCCUGACUUGUCAGUUGUUUAACAAUAGCUGCAACAGAUUGACCCCUAGGCCUGCACUCUAAAUUAUACUGAUGAAUAGCAAAAGCGAGGAAGAAAACCAGGAAUGGGUUGCCUGCAUGGAAGGACUGUGAGCUCUGUUCCAUUCUGGCAUUCAAAACAAAUUCCCGGGCUCAGAAUUAUUUAAUGCUGAAUGCCAGUCUUUUGCACCAUGCUCCUGUUGGCGGAUCUUGCAAGGUGAGGAAGAGUCCUAUAAAAAGCAAAGUAGAUCCCACAUGACUGACACUUGACCAUUCCUGGUGUCUUGUGUAAUAUUCUGUAGUACCUUUUGUAGGGCAAACCUACACAGGCCAGUUAUAAUGUUAAAAAUGCAAUAUAAAAAUGUGACACCAGAGGGUGCUGUAGAGCAGCGAUCCGUCGUCAAUUGCAAAUUGCCUUAAGAGCUAUUAUUGCUUGUUUUUUAUAGCGUUUUUACAAUCAGUGUAGAUCCAGCCUUAAUUUCCUUUGGCCGCUGCUUUGAUUCCCAGGUCUCCGAACUCCGCCAGCAGCUCCGGAAGCGGGGCCUCCCUGUUUCUGGCACCAAGCCAGCCCUGCUGGAGCGCCUCAAGCCUUACCAGGUGGCCAGGGCCAAGCCCCCACCUGUCCCGCUCUCCAGUGCCCGCUUGUCACCCUCCGACCUAGAGGAGGAGGCCCAGGCCCUGCGGGAGAAGCAGCGGGUGGCUGAGAGCCUGGCGCUGAAACUCCACCGGGAGCAGAAACACCACGACGACGACCUCCGAGUGGAGCUGGAGAUGCACAAACGGAUCAAGAACCGCCGCAAGGGAGCACUACUGCCCCACGGCCAGCAGGGGGCACCUCCGCCCUACAUCCCCAAGAGAGAAUGCGCCAAGGAGGGAGGAGGCACAGAAGAUGGCUUCAUGGUGAGCAAACAAGCAUUCUCCAGCUGAUCUAAAAGAGAGUGAGGGGCCUCCCGGGUUGCCUGUGUGAAGGAGAUUAUCCCAGUGGGUUAGAGCAAAGUGCUGGGAGAUAGAUUUGCAAUUCUAGAGGGCUGCUGGGCCAUAAGAACGUCCACAGCAUUCUGCUUCCCAUGGUAGCAAACCAGAUGCUCUGGGAAGCAGGAAAUGAGUGCAACAGCCCCUCUUCCCACUGGAUUCAGGCGCAUUUGAACAUGGAGACUCCAUCCUUUUAGGCUGCAACCUUAGGCUUCAGCAUGGUUAAUAGCCACGGAACAAGCCAUGGAUUUAUCUAAUCUACUUUUAAAGUCUUUAAGGCCAUGACCACGUCUUGUGGCAGGGAGUUCCGUAAGUUAACUGUGCAUUUGUGUGAGUGUGAAGGACUUCCUUUAUUUCAUCCUGAAUCUACUGCCAGUCAGUCUCAGUGGGUGACCCUGAGUUCUAGUAUUAUGGUAGAGAGAAAAACACCUUCUCUCCAUAACAUGCAUAAUACGCACCACAUGCCAUGGCCUCACCCCCACCGCUGUCAUCUGUUCUCUAAAUUCAAAACCCCCCAAGUGUUCUAGAGAACAUUAUGGCUAGAGAAGCUGAUACAGAGCUGUGUGCUAUGAACUGCAUGUUUGUUUUUUCCAGGAUUAAGAUGAACAAACCGGGCUUUUCUUUAUCUGCUAGGGGAGUACUGGUUUGCUUGUUCCCCCACCUUAAGCUGUUGCUCAAAUAAGUAGGGGUGGCCCUUUUGCUAAUGGUGUCUCCUAGCAAGGGGUGGGGGCAAAAACCAAAUUGUCUCCCUGUUGCCUCAGAUAACUUAGACAUUAAAGGUCAGCAGCUGGCAGCCCUAAGGCUUAGGCCAGAAAAAUCCUUGCCACAGAGGCACAUGUUUGCAUGCGUAUGCAUGUGGCAGGCCUUAGUUUGGGGGCUUGUGGGGCGUAUCACCCAAUGAGCUGCUAACCAGUGAGCAUUGGACAUUUUAAGAUAAGUCCGCUUUAGCCCUGGUUGGGUAGCAUCAGUGUGGCUGGUAGCAGGGAGGGCUUUUGUCUGGGGCAGAAAACGCUAGACUUUGUAUUUCCUCCAUUUUCCUGCUAGGUUUUGUGCCCUGCCUCCUGUGAGCCGAUUAAUUCUGAUAUGGAGCUGCCCCUUGAAAUAACAGCCAGCCCCCCGGACCCAGCGCCAGGAACCCGUUCCCUGGAGGAGGAGCUCCAAGAAGCCAUACAGAAAGCUCAGGUACUGUGGGGCGAGGAGGCCCAGCUGGGCUUCUUCAACCUCUGCACAUGCACCGAGGAACUCUUCCCCUUUUUAAUUAUAAUUAUCCCACAUGUUCCAAGUCUGAAGUCUUGAAAACAAAUUUAUGGGAUGAGCUCGUAGGCCAUAUUGAGCUUACCCCCUGCCUGAAACUCAUCAUGGCAUAGGAGACCCCUGUACAAAAAAGGACCCUCCCCGGAGCUGGCUGAAUGGCUGGGCUUGUUGAGGGAUCCCUUUGUAACUGCUCGUCUUUUUCCUUCCCUGUCUGCAGCUGGUGCCAAGCCAAUCGAUCGAAGAUAUCUUAGAGGAACCGCUGAUGUGUUCAGGUGAGGAAAUGGCCACCGUAACCCAGUUUACCAGUAGGGGGCAGCCGUAAAUCACAAUUUGCUAUUGGAGAAGCUCCAAGAAUGGAGCCAAUGGGGCAAUGAUACAUUUUUUUUCCCAAGCCCUGCUUCAGAAUCAUUCUCUGCCCUGGAAAUAUAACCCCCGAACCCCAGACAGGUGGGGCAGGAUUGUUGGUUACUCAGUGGUGAGCGGCAGGCAUUCUGCACAUGCCCAAAGCCAUUGUUAGCCAUGCCUUCCAGUGCAAAGUCCUGACACAGAAACAGGUUGUGCGGCUUAGAUCUGAACAAGCUCAGGGUUAGGAGUUAUAUCCUGUUUCUCCUCAUCUGUUUCUCCUCAUCUCCUGUUUCUCCUCAUCUGCUCCAGGUGACCUUCUUCAAGCACCUGCCUUGAACCCAGAAGUCCCUGAUCGAGUUGCCCCAUCCCCACAAGAAGCGUCACCACCAAAGAAACCGCGGCCCAGCAGCGAACCUCCUUUGGUGACCUCCGCCAUCUUUGAUUUUCCUGGUCCCUACGACUUCCUCUCGACGGCCUCCUCUUCCUCUGCGUCGCUGGACUCACUGUCCUCUGUUUUCUCCCCUGACUCUCUGGAGAUGCCCCCAUCUCCCCCAGAUGCCUGGCAAGGAAACGGUGCCCGUGCUGGAUUUGACCCGGUCGAUUGGCUAGAGGCCUUGACCUCGGGCUCAGCAUCAGGCCUCGGCUCCACCAGUCCUGUUGGGGGCAGCAUCUUCUGCACGGACUUCUUUGAUUCAACCGACCUUGGCGUCAACCACAUGAUAGACUUAAUGGUGGAGCAGUGGUAG